AUGUCGUUCAAUUACUCCAACCCAUUUUCUGCGUCCUCCUCGACGAAGCAGUCAGCUCCAUCCGGCUUAGCCGAUCCAAUCACUCGUUCUACCUUUGGAGCAGCCAUGGCGUCUAAAGGCUAUCAACUGUUUUUCAGUGGCCUGCCCACAGAUAUCGGCAACAAAGACCUAAUGUCUCUUCUCGAAUCUGAGAACAUCUCCCUUAACACUAGUUCUGUGCAAUACUUUCACUCGCCAGAUAAUGUACCGCUGGGCAUGGCGCUGAUCGUCGUGUCGAACGAGGAUGAUGCAGAGAGAUUGAGAAGGCGGUUCUCAGGACGCCUCAUUGACGAUACUUGGCGUCUGACCGUUCAACAUAUGCUCGCGCCUACACAAUCCUUCCCAUCCGCUUCCAUUCCAGCUUACCCCAUGCAACCGCCUGCUCCCGCAGCUCCGGCAGCUCCUAAAGCGAAGCAGGAGUCAGGGCCAAAAGGCAAAACUCAAGCUGCGACCAAAGGAUCAGACAAACCUCCGGGUCUUUCGCUACUCAAGCGAAUCGGUAAGCCAGGCGAGGCGAGUCAGUCAGCUCUGCUGGCAAAACAACGGGCCAAUCUGAAAAACAAGUCGCCUGGCAAUGCUCUCUCUUCGCGAAUCAGUGGUCCUAAAGUUCCUACAUUGGCCAGUACAAAGGCUAAAAACGCUCGAACUAUCUCUGGAGGAGGAGGCGGAGGGGCGACCAAGGUUGGACGGGCGAAAGCAGCGGCCAAUAAGGACGCUAUGGAUGUUGACAAGCCAGCGUCAAAAGCCAAAGCUGCAGUGCCGAAAGCACCCAGACCAGAACGCGUAACCCAGCAGAAACUGGACGAAGAAAUGAGAGCUUGGGACCGUGAACGACGCUUCGCUGCGCAGUAA